AGCUCCGUUGUUGCCCGCCCGCGCGGCGCCUGCCAGGUAGAAAAAGCCGGUGGAGCGGCCGCUGCGCGCACGGGCCGGAGAAGGAGCGACCGGCAGGCAGGAUGAGUGGCCACGUCGGGGAUCUGAGCGCCAAGCAGGAGGCGGCGCUGGCCAAGUUUCGUGAGAAUAUCCAGGACAUCCUACCGGUCCUUCCCGACCAGGAUGACUAUUACAUCUUGAAAUGGCUACGAGCUCGGUGUUUUGAUCUGCAGAAAUCGGAAGCCAUGAUCCGGAAGAAUGUUGAGUUCCGGAAACACAUGGGCGCUGAUUCGAUCAAGCAAUGGCAGGCCCCAGAGAUUGUUGAGAAGUACCUGAGUGGAGGAAACUGUGGCUUUGACCGGGAUGGUGCCCCCAUCUGGUACGAGAUCAUCGGACCCCUGGAUGCGAAAGGGAUCCUCUUUUCGGCUUCCAAGCAAGAUUUGCUCAAAAAAAAGUUCCAGGAAUGUGAGAGGAUACGGGAUCUGUGUGAUGAGCAGACCAAGAAACUCGGGAGGAAGAUUGAAACCACCACUAUGAUUUAUGAUUUUGAAGGACUGGGCCUUAAGCAUCUGUGGAAGCCGGCUGUAGAAGCUUACAUAGAGCUUCUUACUAUGUUUGAAGACAACUACCCAGAGUCCCUCAAGCGCGUCUUUAUCAUUAAAGCUCCCAGGCUCUUCCCCGUGGCUUACAACCUGGUGAAGCACUUCCUGAGUGAAGACACGCGAAACAAAAUUAUCAUCUUGGGAGGUAACUGGAAAGAAGUCCUGCAAAAGCACAUUGACCCCAAGGAGAUCCCUGUGGAAUAUGGGGGGACCCUCACCGACCCCGAUGGCAACCCCAAAUGCCAGACUAAGAUUUGCUAUGGGGGUGAAGUUCCCAAGAAGUACUACGUGCGGGACCAGGUGAAGCAGCAGUACGAAAACUCAGUGGUGGUGAACCGAGGCUCUUCCCACCAGAUGGAAUAUGAGAUCCUCUUUCCGGGCUGUGUGCUCAGCUGGCAGUUCAUGUCCGAAGGUGGUGAUGUGGGCUUUGGGGUCUUCCUGAAGACCAAGGUCGGUGGGCGUCAGCACGCCGGGGAGAUGACGGAAGUGUGUCCAAACCAGCGCUACAACACCCACAUGGUGCCUGAAGACGGCUCCCUCACCUGUGCCGAUGCUGGAAUCUACGUCCUGCGCUUUGACAACACGUACAGCUACCUCCAUGCCAAGAAGAUCAGCUACACAGUGGAAGUCCUCCUACCAGACAAGAAGCAGGAAGAGCAGAUCCAGCACCUGGAAGACCAGACGAAAGAUCUCAAGAUCAGUCAUGCCUGAUGGAGCCCGCUUCGCCCAAGCUGAGAACCUUGCGCCUCUCUGCAGCCCAAAAGAAGUGGCAGUGGGAAGAGUAGGGAUGUGCAAGAUGUUUCAGUGUCGAAACGUUUUGACUCGAAAUGGGGCAUUCUGGGUGUCUCAAGCUCGAAACACAACACCCUUUAAAUAAAGGGCUUUUUUCGAGCUCGGAGCAGAACAACCCCGUUUCGAUCGAAACGUUUCGAGCACCUUUUUGGAGGCCUGUUUUUCCCCUUGCUGACUGGUUUUCUGGCACUGGCUUCCGAUAGGCUUGCAAUCUCCUUGCUUCUUGGUUGGCUUGUUAUCCUACAAAUCAAGUGUUGUGAUGGGCAACUGUGCCCCCAUUGGCAGGGGUGAGGGAGCAGGGUGGGGGGAUCCCAGAAGAAAGGAGUUUCAAACUGUAGGGACAGGGAGGCAGAGAGAGCCCUUAUAGUGUGCCUCUCUUGAAGAGGAUCCCUCAGGAGAGGAGGAAGGUAGGCUUGAUUUUGUCAGCAGUGAGUAUAAUAUGUAAUAAGAGUGUAAGCAGUGAUUUUUUUCCCCUUUUCUCAGCAAUGAGUAUAAUAUGCUGUGCUAUUACUUCUAUAACUAUCUGGUUUUGCUGGAUCUCAGAUUGACAGGAUUUGGGUGCUUGCCUUCCGUGAACUGUGGUUUGUUUUGUUUGUGAGAUAGUGUUGUGGUGAGAAAUGGACAGUGGCAACUCUGUGUAAUAUUUCUUGGUGAUUGCUAUGAUGAGCUCCAUGUCUGUCCUUGAGACCAACUUGUGCUUCACUCGCUGCUCUGCGUUCUGCAUUGCAGGAUGUACUCAGUCAAAAUGUGGCUGAAGACGUUGUUCCAGUGGAGCUUAUGCUUGCCGCUAAGUAAGAGUGCUGCUGUGGCAGCUGUUGCAAUGCUCGGAAGCAAGAAGUCCUAAUUGUGUGUGAGAGAGCAACUUGUGCCAGUGCUGUAACUGAGCGUAGGCACAGUGGCUGGCAGUGGAUUCUGGGUCAGUGAUUCUUUUUGGGCCAUUUCUGGACCGUGCUCGAAAUGUGUGUUCUUUUACUGUGUGCUUCUGCAGUAUUUUUCAAGGCAGGGAUGCAAAAUGCAUUGCAUAUUGCAAUGCAAAACUUGUGUGCAUGCACUCUGUGAGUGCAGCUUGUUCCAGCCAUAGCGAACAACGAGGCACUCGAAAUAUCCAGUUGUUCCCCAUGGCUAGUUCCUAGGGACACCAAAGAGGGUUGGGUGGUAGGGCAUGAUGAGUGCUACCUACCACCCAGCCCACAAAAGAAAUGGGCAAGCAGGCGAUUUUUAACCAAUUUUUAACCUUUUCCCCAAACUCUCCAUAGAAUCCUAUAGAGGUCUAGGGGAAAGAUUCAAAAUCACCUGCUUGUCCAUCCCUUUUGUGGGUUGGGUGAUAGGUUGCCCUUGGUGUCCCUAGAAUCUACCCAAGGGUAACAAUGGGGUGUUUCAAGUUUCCCAAUGGCCAAAAGGUUUCGAGUUUUGUUCCGUUGAAACAGCUGGUUCAACCGCUGUCUUGAUGAACAUUUCAGCCACCCGCGUUUCGCUUCGAGCUCGAAACGAAAUGCAAAAUCAGUUUCAUGCACAUUCCUAGGGAGGGGCCUUUCGAGGACGAGGUGGUGGAGUGAACUCUUCAGGGAUAGAAUAUCUAGGCUUUGGGGGAGUUAACUGGGGGGGGGGAGGGUGGCAGCUGACCACUGGAUGAAUUUGCCCAGAUGCAGAUGACAUGGUAAUGAGAUGAUGCAUUAUACUCUCCCACGGUCGUAUAAGAUGGCUAAUCACCCGUCUUUAGUGUGGUGGCGGAUUGAUGCAGUCACGUUUGGGUGGCAGUAGAGGGUUGGCUCUUAUCCACCCAAUAUUUGGGAUGGGUUCUCCGAGUUGUUUGCCAGCUUUUUGCUAGCCUAGUGAGGGACAGAUGAAAUAGCCUGAUGCCUCUUUACGUAAUGUUUUAGAGCUAGGGUAUACACAUGGCCCGGGUGGGAAGAGGAGAGAAGCUCACAAGCCGGCUGGGAAGGCUGUAGCCCUUCUACGGUUAAGGUUCCCUGUGUGCAGAGAUAUGCUCCGACUGUUCACGGAAAUUCAGUUUGGCUAUCCUGGCAAAUAGCCACUGCGAGAGAAUUCGUGGAGACGAGGCCUAGUCUUGUGUUUCGGCCCUCUCUGUUCAGCGGCCACUGCCACUUCUUCAGAUCCUGCAUCCCACACAUUUAUGAAGCGUUGUGUAAAGAGCUGCUUGCUUGUUAUCCAGGCCUGCACGACUUGCGACUGCUGGUUUAGCCUAGUGGCUCGCCGGGUACUUGACAUCCCCGCCUCGAUUGAAACGGCUCCCCCCCCAAACCAGGCACUACGUGUGCUGAAAAAUAAUCGCCUCAAAAAGGUCUCCAACUGGCUUCUGGCAACCUAUGGUUUGCUGCCACAAAACUGCCUUAAAUCAGGGGUUGUCAAGCCCAGGGCCCCAGCUGCUGUUGGACUACUUACUUACUUAAAUUAAUUAAUUAAUAUAAUUAUUACUACAUUUCUAUCCUGCUCUUCCUCCGAGGAGUCCAGAGUGGUGUACAUGGUUAUGUUCAUCCUCACGACAACCCGUUGAGGCUAAGAGAGAGAAGACUGGCCCAGAGUCACCCAGUGAGUUUCAUGGCUGAAUGGGGAUUUGAACUCGGGUCUCCCUAGUCUUAGUCCAGCACACCACAAUGGCCUUGUGGUGAGGGUGAUGGGGGUUGUAGUCCAACCACACCUGGAGACUGAAGCUUGAGAACCUCUUCCUUAAACAAUGCCUACUGGCCUCUUGUUCUCCAAAGAAGGCCUAGAAACCGGUGAAAACCAAGAUGGAAGCCCACGAAGAUGGCAUGCUCAACUCGGGACCAAGUUUGCCAGUGUGAGCAUCCCUACUUACCUCACCUCUUCACAGGCAUCACUGUCAACCUUCCAGGGAUGCUCCUGGCCCCAGUCCUCCAAAAUGGCCCAUCAUGAGAAUUCCAAUCUUCCUCCUCAACUAAAAAAUAAAUAAAUUAGAAAAGGGAAGGAUAACUUUCAGAACAUGACUGAAAAUGACCCUGCCGUUGCUCUUUAUUACUGACACGUCUAACUGAUCUGUGUUUUAGCUGAAUGUAUCGCACGCCUCCCCCUGGGCACGCUUGGGGCAGCUAACAGAAGGAACAAGAAAUACCGACCGUAACUCAGGGCAUUCCGUCAGCCAUUUAAGCAUCGGCCUAUAGAAAGGGGAUCCUGGACAGAAACUUGGACGGGCUGGAUCUGGCCUCUCUCUCUCUUGGCCCAGGGCCCCGAGAGCUGUAUGUGAAGGAUUGCAACCUCAGUUUCCCCAGAAGUUGUUGGACUACAACUCCCAUCAUCCCCAGCCUUUGGCCAUUGUGGCUGGGAUGAUGGGAAUUGUAGUCCAACAUCACCCAGGUUUGAGAACCCCUGCCCAACACAUUCUGUGUAGCAUCAGCAUACACAGAACCUCAGUCGGCAGCUGGCCACCAGCCCAGUUCUCAAUUCAAAAACCGUUUCCCAGAUUGACUAAGUUUUUUGCUCAACAUAUUUUUCUACUGCUUCUUGGAGCUAACGCAGACAGAUGGUUUUAGUGCUGCCUGCACUGAGUUCAAGGGACAGGGAAUGCUCGGGGAAGGGGUUCUUAAACUUGGGUUGGACUACAACUCUCAUCACCCCGUGCCACAGUGGCCCAGUGCCAAGGAUGAUGGGAAUUGUAGUCCAACAUUUGGGGACCAAGGCUGAGGAACCUUGGCUUAGCAGGAAGCCAUUGCCUGGUCCAGGUGUGCUCUAGGACUUCUCUUUCAAAAGGUUUGCCAAUAUUGAGAAAGGCAGACCUAUCCCCCGAGAAAAUCCACAUGGACAUGUACUUCCUUGGCUGGAGGUGAGCCUCCAAAUCUUGCUGGGCUUUCUGGAAACAACAUAGCACUUUUUGACCCCUUCCUCUAGAGUCUUUCAAUGAUCCUGAAUAAGAGAGAAAUGUUAAUAAACUUAAUGUCUGUCGAAUUGGUAUGGCAGAUGAGCAA